GCGGAUAAACGAAAACAACACUGAGUGCGGAGACGUGACGGAACCUGGGGAUUUAUCAGACUGUGAUAUCGCAUAGUUUUCAGUUGCGCGUAGACGAGGAAAGGUUGAAUGACAGCGAUGGUUAAAACGAAAUAAAGGUUUUACCGGCUGAACCUUUAGGGACUGUGUGUAUUUUGUUCGGUGACAGCGCGAAGUGAAGUGGUGUGCGCUGUUUGCCGGCCGGUGUUUAGCCUCUGAGUUAGCAAGAAAAUCUUGAAGUUGUUAGCUUGCUUGGCUGUAACGCGCAUUUUAUUUUUAUUUUUUUUAGCUAGUUUAUUCCUAAUUAUAAGUCAUUAUAACUAUGUGUGCCGCAGUGUAUGUUUUAUCCACAGUUACUGGAUAUAUUCUCACAUCUGCUUUGUUGCUGAAAUGUCCUUCGUUGCUGCAUCGCAGGAAGCGCGAGACGUUCCGCGGCCGCCACAUCUCACACCGAGGCGGUGCCGGUGAGAACCUGGAGAACACCAUGGCGGCCUUCAGGCAUGCUGUAAAGCUCGGCACUGACAUGCUGGAACUGGACUGUCAUUUGACCAAGGAUGAGCAGGUGGUGGUGUUGCAUGACUCCAACCUGAAGAGGUCGACCGGAGUUAGCGCCAACAUUUCAGAUGUUGUAUAUGCCGAACUUCCACCUUACUUGUGUCAGCUUGGUGUGACUUUCAAGCGAGAGUGCUUUGUCGAAGGAGGUGAGGACAAAAACAUCCCUCUGCUGAAAGAUGUAUUUGAGGCUUUCCCAAAGACCCCCAUUAACAUCGACAUCAAAGUCAAUGAUGACACACUCAUCAGGAAGGUCUCUGAGCUGGUCGUUAAAUAUAAUCGGGAGCAGCUGACCGUAUGGGGUAACGCCAGUGACCGAAUAGUUCAGAAAUGCUACAAAGAGAAUCCCCGGAUCCCUGUGCUGUUCAGCUUACCCAGAGUGCUACUCCUCGUGGGGCUUUUCUACACCGGCCUUCUGCCCUUUGUACCCCUCAAGGAGCAGUUCUUGGAGAUCCCCAUGCCUUCUAUUACUUUCAAACUCCGAGACCCCAGGAGGAUGACACGGACUGAGCGCUUCAUCACUUGGCUGGCAGACACCCUCCUGAUGAGAAAAGCUCUGUUUGACCAUCUAAAAGCACGUGGAAUACAGAUCUACGUGUGGGUGCUGAACGAUGAAGAAGAUUUUAAACGAGCGUUUGACCUGGGGGUCACCGGCGUGAUGACGGACUACCCCACCAAGCUGAAAGAGUUCAUGGAGAAUAACAUCCCUUCUUCAUACAAAUGACAUGUGAACAGAGAUCAGAUCAACUGAUACGUUUCCGUUUCGGUGUGAUCUGGUUGGAAUCUUCUCUGCCAUUAUCUUUUUUUCACAUCAGCAAUUACGAAGUAACAGGGAGAGGCUGAUGGGGGUGUUCUGACCACUUCUUAUUUUCAAUUCAUUAUUACUCAUUUUAAUAAAUCUCUCUCUCUCUCUCUCAAUCUCUCUUUAACUCUCUCCAACACUCUCUCUCUCGUUCUCCCUCCAUCUGUCUCUCUCCAAUCUCUCCAACACUCUCUCUCUCUCUCUCGUUCUCUCUCCAAUCUCUCCAACACUCUCUCUCUCUCUCUCUCUCUCGUUUUCUCUACACUCUCUCUCUCAAUCUCUCUUUAACUCUCUCCAACACUCUCUCUCUCUCUCUCUCGUUCUCUCUCCAAUCUCUCCAACACUCUCUCUCUCUCUC